CAAGGUCCAGUCUUGCAAAGUUUAUACUCUUUGUGGAGAAAAAAAGCACUGUCCUAUCCUGUGGCUUUCAGAACAAGCAAGAACAAUUCAGUUUCAUUUUUCUGGAGAAGAAGUGAGAAGUAACUCAAGAAAAUGACUCUGAUAAUUUUUUUUUUAAUGUUUAUCACUGAAUCUGCCACUGAGAAGCUGUGUCCCCUUCGUGCCUCCAUUGACGUGCUAGAAGGGGAAUAUUUUUUCCUUUGUUAUCUUGAGUCAAUGCAAGAAGAUUUUCAGGAAGAAGCAUACACAAUAAACUGGUACAAAGAAAACGCUGGAAAGCAGCAACUGAUGAAGGAAACAGACAGAAUUGUUUCCCAAAUGAAUUUUCUGGAGUUUUGGCCAGCUGAACUCAGUGACUCUGGGAAUUACUCUGUCACUCACAGCAAUGGAAAACAAAAUUUCACAAUUCAAAAGUGGACCUUGAAUGUACUUGAAAGAAAUAAAAGCAGCUGUUUCAACAAAAAUCAUUUAACUACAGAAAUUAAAAAUGCUGGAACUGGUCAUUCACUGAAAUGCAGUGAUUUGUCUGUCAAUGAAAAUGACAGCAUAACAUGGUACAAGGACUGUAAGAACUAUGAAAAUGAAACAGAGCGGGAACUGGAUUUUAAAACCUUAACAGUACAGCACUCUGGGAUAUAUACCUGUAAAAUUUUAAUCAGUCAUGAAGGAAAGAUAUACCACAGCACAAAUACAAUUAAACUGGUAGUAGAAGAAGAUGCACCAGAGGCUGGCGCUUUGGAGAUAGUUGGACACAAUGAAGAAAUUGAAACAGAAAUAGGUAAAGAAGAGAUACUCAAUUGCACAGGUUUCUUGGGUUAUUAUAUGCGAGAAGAUGCCAGCCUCUACUGGUUAAUUAAUCAAAAGUUUCCAGAAAAAUGCACAGGUAUCCCCGAGAAUGAACCUUCAAUAUGUGAAGAAGAGUUAAAAAAAUUAAAGUUGGGAAACAAGUUCUAUGUCACAACACUACUGUGGAUUAAAAAAGUUACAGACGAGGACAUGCAUCGUAAUUUCACCUGCAUGUUGCAAGCAGAUGAAAGAACACAAAUGAAAAUAGUGAAACUGAAGAAAGGGAACACCCGAGAUCUGCCUGUGCACAUAUUUACAACUGGGAUGGUCCUUGCUGUACUAUUUCCAUGUGUUGCUGUAGCUGUGGUGUUUGUCUGUAUGAUGUUUAGAGUCGACUUAGUUCUAUUUUACAGGAACAUAUGCAGAAGAGAUGACACUGCUGGAGAUGGAAAAGAAUAUGAUGCAUUUGUGUCUUACCUGAAAGACUGCAUUUCUCCUACUGAAGAAGAGAGAGAAUUUGCUUUGGAGAUAUUACCCAUGAUAUUAGAAGAAAACUUUGGGUACAAGUUAUGUAUAUUUGAGAGAGAUGUAUCCCCUGGAGGAGCGGUUGUUGAUGAUAUCCAUUCAUUCAUUGACAAAAGCCGAAGAUUAAUCAUUAUACUGAGCCAGAACUACGUUUCUGACCAAGCCAUAUAUGAACUUGAGAGUGGACUGCAUAAAGCCCUAGUUGAAAGAAAAACUAAGAUCAUACUGAUUGAAUACAUGCCUAUAAGUGACUACAGUUUCUUGCCAGAAUCACUGUCUCUUUUACCAUCAAAGAGGGUUGUGAAGUGGAAAAAGGAGAAAUCUCUUCCUGUGAAUUCCAGAUUUUGGAAGAACCUUCGGUACCUGAUGCCAGCAAAACCUACCAAGAUAAACCCCAAAGGGCACUAUAAUAAUCUUCACGUAGGCUCAGAAGGGGCUGAACCACGGACUGAGGGCUGUGACUUUAAUGUAGUCAUAUAA